AUGGAAGCUGAGAAAUUCUUCGGUUGGCUGAUUCAGCAGCUGGUAUUAGAAUAUUCGUUUUGGUCUAGAAAGUUACCUUCAGCCAAGUCUCCUCUCUUCUUCAAGAUUUUCUUACUGGGGCUUUUCGGGUGCAUGUCGCAGAUGGUUGGUUUUAAAGGUGUAGAAAAAAGUUCUCCUACGCUUUCCUCUGCUAUGAGCAAUCUCACGCCAGCUUUCACAUUCACCCUCGCAGUUAUCUUCAGAAUGGAACAAGUAGUGUUAAGGAGCUCUGCGACUCAGGCUAAAAUCGUUGGAGGAGUACUGUCUAUCUCUGGUGCUCUGGUUGUUGUGCUGUAUAAAGGCCCCAAAGUUCUAUUUGCUGCAUCUUUUACACCUUCAUCAACUCCUACUACCAUUUCACUUGACCAGCACUUGAUUUCACCAGAGUCGAGCUGGAUAGUCGGUGGCCUUUUGCUUGCGUCGCAGUUCUUUUUUGAUUCAGUCUGGUAUAUUAUUCAGACUAUGGUAAUGGAGGUAUACCCUGAAGAAAUAACAGUAGUCUUCUACUUUAAAUUAUGUGCAACGUUAAUCUCAGCACCUGUAUGUUUAUUGGCGGAAAGGAACUUGGCUCCUUGGGUUCUUAAACCGCAUAUUACCUUCGCUGCGAUCGUAUACUCGGGAGUCUUUGCUUCAAUAUUCAGUGUUUUUACCCACACAUGGGGUCUGCAUCUGAAGGGUCCUGUCUAUGUAUCCUUGUUUAGGCCACUGUCUAUUGCGAUUGCAGUUGUAAUGGGUUCUAUAUUCCUCGGCGAUGCACUUCACCUUGGGAGUGUCAUCGGAUCAGUGAUUUUGAGCUGUGGAUUCUACACUGUGAUUUGGGGAAAAGCAAGAGAGGAUUCAACCAGAACUGUAGCUGGUUCCGAGAAGUCACCUUUGUUGGUUACACACACCAUAGAAGAUGAAGCCUCAUCAUGA